AUGGCAGAAUAUUUGCCGAGCAGCGAUGGCUUGAUGCGCUCCACGCUGCGAGAAACCAUCAAACGUAUCCGCCGCAUACGGAGUAGGGCCGGUCGCGAAGAUGAGAAGGAGGAGGAGUCUACGGGCGAUCCGCUGCGUGACUUGUCGCUGGCGUUCAUCCGCUGUGUCACCCGAACGAAAGAGGCCAUCAAAAGCCGCAACGAAGGUUUGAAGCAGCACGGCCAGGAUCGCAUUGCCAUUGAGGAGUGUUAUGCUAUUCGUAAAGACAUACGCACUAUGGAGACGCUCAUUGAGGAGAUUAAAAAAUUUGUGGACGCCACUGAAACCGCUCUUGCACAAGAAAACAAAAAGAAAAAGCCAAGCAGGAGAAAAGUAACACUUUUGGAAAAACAACUCAAUGAGCGGAGGGCUCAAUAUAAUGAAUGCCUCUCCACACUUGAACUGGUGCGGGAUUUGGACCAACGGCGGUCUUCAGUGGACGAAAAAGGCUUGGAUAUUGGCGAAGAAAUGCAAUUUGGACGCAAGGCACAACUACGCCAACAACUUUUGAUGCUGCGACGAACGCAAACGGGCGAAGGUGGUCAUGUAGAUCCUAACGAGGGCAUUGAAUUGCAUGAUAAUACCGUGGGUGGCGGGCGCUUAGAGGAGCAUGAAGAUACAAAGGAGACGAUGAAGGUAAUUGCGGCAAAGGAUGCCAAGAUAGAUGAGGGGUUGGAUCGACUGAAGGCAGGGGUGGGGAGAUUGCACAACUUGGCGAUUGAGAUUGGUGCACAGAUUGACAUGCAGAAUCGAAUGUUGGAUAAGACAGAACAGCAUAUGAGUACUCAAGUAGAGCGGUUGCGUAAUGUUAACCGCCGUAUUGGCAAGUUUAUGAGGGAGAAAAAACCGCUGAACACCUUUAUGAAUGUAUGUUGUUGUGUGCUCAUCAUUUCCCUUGUGGGGUUCUUCCUUGUCCAGUUUAACGUUGUCUAG